AACAAGAAUGAUUUUUAUCACAUCAUCUCAACUUCUCAUUUCAUGUAUGAUCAGUUCAUAUUUCCAUGGUGUAGCAUGUUACAACUCAGUGAUUGUAAAUGACUUAAACCUAGUCAGAUCGGCAAUUCAUUAUUAAUUACCAUCAACUAAACAGUUCAAUAUAAGUCAAUGAAACUGUGGACUAAUGCCUAAUUACUUGCCGAAAACAUGUGCAAUAAAAGGAAAGGAAAUUCAUCAACGUAUUUCAUGGAUAAUGUAUAAGUGGUUCCCAAACUAAGUGUUCAAUAUCUUAUGGACUGUCAGCUUAUAUUUACAAAGAAACCUGGGCAGGUAAUUGUUCUGUACUUAAUAUUAUGUUGUAAUGAAUAUUUAACGAUGAACAAUGACUAAAAUACGUUGUUUAUUAUGAAUCGAGGUGCGUUAAUAUUUUAUGGGAAACUAAUUCCAAAGGAAAGCUUGGAAUCCAAAGUACUCCCAUGAUAUGUGGUAUCUUGUGUGUAACGAUGAUGAAAUCGAUCUUACUAGUUUCAGUUCAUUUCUCCAUCGGAUAGCAUUGGAAACUUUUUUUAUUUUGCUUAAUACACGUACCUGUACAAUUUUAGGAUAAAUUACGAUAAAUAAUGGAAGCUUGUUUUUUCCAAAUCUCGGUAAAGAUUUAGAAUAGAUAAUGCUAUUAGAGAAUUGCUUCUGAUAAAAUUAUGUAGAUUACGGACUAUUUGUGAUUUAGGAUAAUGGAUUAGGGAGUGAAAAUAUAUCCAUCAUCAGGCAAAGUUUAUUAAUUAAAAAUAUGGCGGUUGUUUCGUUAAUGAACCAAUCUAGGUAUAGGCGUCCAGUUAGUCGACCUGACCGGAUGAAUGAUAUUGAUGGAGACCUUUGGUUGUUCCAGUCUCAAGAUUCGGCAAAAGGAGCACCACAUGCUUCAUUAGAUGAAGACGAUAAUGAAUCAGAAAUAUUAGUGUAUUUACAAACAUGUUGUGGCGACAAAACCGAUCAACCACAUCUUUGCAAACUACAGACUUGUGAGAGGAUUACAAUAAACGUUAGCGGUAUGUAUUAUGAAAUUUGGGCUUCCGUUCUGAAUAGACACCCGACAACAUUGUUGGGUAGUCCAAGAAAACGAUUAAAAUUCUUUGACAAGAGACGAAAUGAGUAUUUCUUUGACAGGCAUAGACCAACUUUCGAAUCAAUUUUUAACUAUUAUCAAUAUGGUGGGAAAAUAAUGAGGCCAGAUCCUGUUCCAGAUGAUAUAUUCUUACGUGAGCUCGAUUUUUAUGAAAUUGAAAGAGAAGCAAUUGAUGAAUACAAAACGGAAGAAGGUUAUACCACCGAGAAGACCAUACUUCCUACUCGCAUGUGGCAAAGAAAACUGUGGAUGUUGAUGGAAUAUCCUGAAACAAGUAUUUCUGCAUAUGUGAUAGCUCUUGUCUCUGUUUUUAUUACAAUGUUUGCCAUUGUUUUAUUUUGCAUUGAAACACUACCAAGUCUUUCUAAAAAUGAGUGCAAAGACGGAAAACCCAAUUACGUUGCACCUUUUUUCAUUUUGGAAACUAUUUGUAACAUCUGGUUCACUUGGGAAGUCUUCCUCAGACUAAUUUCUUGCCCCAAUAGGAUUACGUAUUUCAAAGACUUUAAAAAUAUAGUAGAUAUUGCUGCGAUUGUACCUUACUAUGUUCAGUUAGGUAAUAUGAUAUCUACCGAAAAUUGCGUUAAUGGAGAAACUUCUGGGGCAUCGCUAGCCUUUUUGAGAGUGUUCCGAUUAAUACGGAUAUUUAAAUUAACAAAACAUUCUGCUGGCUUGCAAGUUUUAAUUUUAACAUUCAAAGCCAGCAUCAAAGGUCUUUUGUUGUUUCUUAUAGCAAUGUUUGUGUGUAUACUGUUGUUUUCAAGUGCAAUAUUCUAUGCAGAACAUGGAUUAAAGGAUUCUCAAAUACACAGCAUUCCAGAUGGAUUUUGGUGGGCAGUAAUAACAAUGUGUACUGUUGGAUACGGUGACAAAGUACCUGUUGGGCCUCUUGGAAAGGUAAUCGGCAGUAUUUGUGCGAUCACCGGUGUCUUGACGUUGGCCAUUCCAGUUCCAAUUAUCACUGAAAAUUUUAACAAAUUCUAUGCACAUAAAACUGGCAGGGGUCGUAUAUAGUGAAUGUUUAAACAUAUGGUAGUUACUUUUAUCACUUAGAUUCUCAUUUCAAAAGUUUGGUUUGAAAGACUUUAGUAAAGGAUUACAAACACACUACCUUGUGUACUGCAACACAAAUAACACUUAUAUAGAGCCUAUAUAUAUAGUUUUAUCUCAAUUUGCAAUUCUGUAGUUGAAAUCCUAAACAUUCCUUUGUGUUGAAUGUUACUGUAUACUUGAUCACUGGACCUUCUACAGUUUUGAUUAAGAUUUAUGCACACCAGCCAUGGUCUACCAUUUAAGAUGUGGUCUACCAUUUAAAAUUUCAAACGAGCGUUGCAAUCAUUUGUUCGUCCUUUUUUCUUAAUGUGUUUAUUUUUCAAUCAGAAUUGUCUAUUAUCUUUUCACUAUUUUCAAUAUUUAAUGCAUACCUUUCAAAUAAAAUGCAUUUCAACAUGCGUUAUAUAUAUACACACGUUAGUAAAUAUUUGCCCAUACACAAUAGUUUUAUUAAUACAUUUUAUUUUACUAUUUUUCAUUAGAUCAAUAUGGUAAUUUCAACUCUUUAAAAUGUUUAUGAUCUAAGAUUGAUGGUACCUGUGGGAACACUUAAAGAUAUGCACAUUCCAUUGUUUUAGGGAAAAUAAAAUUGAUUUUACUAAUAAGUCAUCGAAAUCAAGACUGGGGUUUAUGUAGCGUUUAGUCUUUAGAUCUAUUCCACUACAUUGUAGCUUUCAUGUUUCAUUUAUCUUUGCGUGCGUUUGACACAGUAUAGAGGUUCACAUAAACAUUUAAAUAAUUCACACGUUUUAUGUCAAUGAAAUUUACUUUCAACAAAAGAAUGAGCUCAAAGAAUCCAUAACUUCUUCCACUAGAUAUGGAGGUUUUAAAAGUUAAUGGUAUUUUUUAAAAACUGUUUCAAUUCGUUUUCAGAAAACAUUUGAAACAAAAUCUCACACGUGUAUUGCCUGUGAUUUUCGGCGCCAACCUGUUUUUGUUAUUCCUUUAGCAUUAGUAUAAAACCUUUCCAGAAUCUUCACUUACAUAUGCAAUGUUUUUAAAACUUAAAAAGACCACCACCAUUUUUUUUUUUGUAGUUACUUCAACAUAC